AUGUCCGACACGUCAUCAAAUCACUCGGACGAAGAUGUGCCUCAAUUCUGGAGGCGUUAUGAAGUGACCGCCCCCGAGGUCGGAGCAGGGGUUUGUUUCUCGAGCGAUGAAACCUUGACGGACGACGAGUAUCGUCAUCAGCUGGCCGAGAAGUUGGAAGUCACACCUGAAGACGUCUCUGUAAGGCUGACUGUAGAGUACAUUGCAAACUUUCAGAAGGGUCGAUGGGAUGAGAAGGUCAUUGAUGAUGGGGUGCGACCCAGCGGUAAGAGCUUCAGUCUCUGCUCAUACUAUAAUGAGGUUGUCGCAAAUGCCGGGGAACAUCAACCACCCGGAUCUGCCAGAAGCCUCUGCGCCGAUCACUCUGAUUACGAGACCAGAGACUUCAAGUGCCCCAAUGAUGAUGUCCAAGCGAACUGUGAGUGGAACGGCCUUCUUGAAAAGCUGGAGACUAUUAUACGGGCUGACCGUAAUGGCUCAAGUAUCCAAACGAUCGUUGUAGACUUACUAGGAGGAGACUCACCGGACAGUCUACACAUGAAUGUUGGGGAGAAAUUCUUGAAAGAUGCCUUCAGCUGGUCGGGGGAAGACUCCAACAAGGCUUUGAAGUCGCGCCUGUACCAGGCUACCGUAGAAGACGCUCACGACGGCUGGCCAUAA